CGUGAGAGAAGGAAGAGGAUCCAUAGAUUAGUAGAUAAUUGCCUUCAUUUGGACAUACUAACACAAGUCACACCCCUCUAACUACCCCUUUCUAACGAAUCCAGCUAAUAAUAGAAAAAGCGAAAAACAAAACACACGCCGCUACUCUUAUUUUCUCUUCUCUUCCUCUUCUCUUAAUCUAAUCUAGAAAACAAAAAUGAAGUCGGUAGAACUCAAGCGGUUAUGCUUUCUCUCUUUAUAACAAUCGUAAUAUCAGAGAGGGUAACAGAGAGAGAAAGAAAGAAUGGCUGUGGAAUAUCAUUGUUGCGAACCGGGAUUCUUCAUCCACAUACUCAUAAUCGUACUGUUGGUGGUGUUCGCCGGAUUAAUGUCCGGCCUCACCUUGGGACUCAUGUCUUUAAGUCUCGUUGAUCUUGAAGUUCUAGCUAAAUCCGGUACUCCUCGCGAUCGUAAACAUGCCGAGAAAAUAUUGCCUGUUGUGAGAAAUCAGCAUUUGUUGCUUUGUACUUUGCUGAUUUGCAAUGCUGCCGCCAUGGAGGCACUUCCAAUUUUUCUUGAUAGUCUUGUUACUGCUUGGGGUGCUAUCCUUAUUUCGGUCACGUUGAUUCUUCUCUUUGGUGAGAUUAUACCCCAAUCAAUUUGUUCUCGAUAUGGUUUAGCUAUUGGUGCAUCAGUGACUCCCUUUGUUCGUGUGCUUGUAUGGAUAUGUUACCCAGUUUCUUUUCCAAUUAGCAAGUUGUUGGACUAUUUGCUGGGUCAUCGACACGAAGCUCUUUUCCGCAGAGCUGAGUUGAAAACGCUCGUAGAUUUGCAUGGUAAUGAGGCUGGAAAAGGUGGGGAACUUACUCAUGAUGAAACAACAAUAAUUGCUGGGGCGCUUGAACUUAGUGAGAAAACAGCCAGUGAUGCCAUGACUCCUAUAUCUGAAAUAUUUGCCAUUGAUAUUAAUUCGAAGCUUGAUAGGGGGCUGAUGAACGAAAUAUUGGGCAAAGGGCAUAGCAGAGUCCCAGUCUAUUAUGAGCAGUCCACAAACAUUAUUGGACUUAUACUGAUCAAGAAUUUAUUGACAAUUCAUCCGGAAGAUGAAGAACCUGUGAAGAAUGUAACGAUACGCAGGAUUCCAAGGGUUCCAGAAAGUAUACCACUUUAUGACAUUUUGAAUGAGUUUCAGAAGGGCCAUAGUCACAUGGCCGUUGUUGUAAGACAGUGUGACAAGAAGAAGCAACCAUCUUCCCAAAAUAAUGCAAAUGAUUCGGUGAGAGAAGUGAAGGUGGAUAUUGAUGGUGAAAAGCCUCCCCAAGAGAAAGUCUUGAAACCCAAGAUACCAAUCCAAAAGUGGAAAAGCUUUCCACAUUCAAACAGGUCAAAUAGGGGCAAUUCUCGGGGCAGAAAAUGGACAAAAAAUAUGUACUCAGAUAUUUUAGAGAUAGAUGGUAGUCCCCUUCCAAAUAUCCCUGAAGAAGAAGAAGCCAUUGGAAUAAUUACAAUGGAAGAUGUCAUUGAAGAACUUUUACAGGAGGAGAUCUUUGAUGAGACGGAUCAUCAUUUUGAAGACUCAUGACAAUGGCUUUUCCAUUAAACCUGAUGUUUUCACAUUCUUGUUUUGGACCCUGUAGAUAAUUAAUUAGAUAAUGAGGAUGAGUGUGAGAGCUUUUGUUUAGGGAUCUUAAAUGUUAUUGUAAAGAACAUAUCAGUAAUGAAAUGUAGGCACAAGAAAGCAGUUAUUACUUGUACGUCAAGCUUUCUUUAUGGAGGUGUACAUUAAUGGAUCUUUAAGGCAAUGAAGCAUGCCAGCAAAUCGUGGUGUAUGCCAUUGAAAAAAAACAAA